UUUUUUUUUUUGUAUUAUUCCACCAUGCCAAAAAUAGUAUCGUCUUCUACUAUUUCUUCUUCUAAUUUUGAUGAAGGACAAACUGAUCAACGUCAAAAACUACAGAUCUAUUAUUGUCUCUGCUCUGAAUUUUUACUAGUGAUUGACGCUGAAUUACAACUUUUACCACGACGAAAAACGGAUAAUGCUAUCAUUAUUGACAAUAGACAACGUACAUACAAAUUGACAGCGGAAGCAAAACAACCAGUUAUUUUGAAAAGAGGUGAAGGAUUUGAAAAACAAUAUCGAUAUCAUUGUCCACGAUGCGAACUAUUGAUUGCUUAUGAAAUGAAGGAAGAAAGGAAAUCGGGUCAUUAUACAUAUAUAGUAGAUGCUGCUUUGACUGAAGUUCAAGGAGUGGCACCCUCAUCUGCAUUACUGGAACCAACUGAAAUUUAGUUUAGGUGAUUGAAUUUAUUUAUUUAUUUAUUUAUUUAUUUAU